GGAUGGGCGGCUAUAAAAGGUCCCGGCCCCUCCGUCCCUUCCACCUUGGGUCCGAGAUGAGGCUGAGCUCCGCUUCAGGUCUGAGAUUCGGCCCCUGGGCGGAAGAGGCGAGCCCGGCCCCCCCUGCCAGCAUGGUGCCCUGGGGCGAGCCCGAGCGGCUGGUCUGGAGGCCCGAGGCGGGGCCCGCCGCCCCCGCCGCCCUGCCCGCGCUGCCCGCCGGCCUGGAGGUGAAGCUGGGCGCCCUGGCGCUGCUGCUCGUCGUCACCCUGCUCUGCAGCCUGGUGCCCAUCUGUGUGCUGCGGCGAGCCGGUGCCCACCUGGAGGCCUCGGCCUCCCGCCGCCAAGCCCUGAGCCUGGUGAGCUGCUUCGCCGGGGGCGUCUUCCUGGCCACCUGCCUGCUGGACCUGCUGCCCGACUACCUGGCCGGCAUAGAUGAGGCACUGAGCGCCCUGCGGGUCACGCUGCAGUUCCCCCUGCAAGAGUUCAUCCUGGCCAUGGGCUUCUUCCUGGUGCUGGUCAUGGAGCAGAUCGUGCUGGCCUACAAGGAGCAGAGCCCGGCCCCUCCCCGCGAGGAGACCCGGGCCCUGCUGGGGGCCGGGGGCGGCCCCGCGGCGCCCCCGGCCGUGGGCGCGGCCCCGUCGGCCCUGCGGUCCGGCGUGCUGGUCUUCGCCCUGUCGCUGCACUCGGUCUUCGAGGGCCUGGCGGUGGGGCUGCAGCGGGAGCGGGCCCGGGCCCUCGAGUUGUGCCUGGCCCUGCUGCUGCACAAGGGGGUCCUGGCGGUCAGCUUGUCCCUCCGCCUCCUGCAGAGCCGCCUGAGGGCCCGCGCCGUGGCCGCCUGCGGCCUCCUCUUCUCCUGCAUGACCCCGCUGGGCAUCGGGCUGGGCGCCGCGCUGGCCGCCUCGGCCGGGCCCCUGCACCAGCUGGCCCAGGCGGUGCUGGAGGGCAUGGCGGCCGGCACCUUCCUCUACAUCACCUUCCUGGAGAUCCUGCCCCAGGAGCUGGCCGCCCCCGAGCAGCGCGUCCUCAAGGUCAUCCUGCUGCUGGCCGGCUUCGCCCUGCUCACCGGCCUCCUCUUCGUCCGCGCCUGACCGCCGCCCGCGGGCCCGGGACGACGGACGCUAGAGGGGGGCGGACGGGGGGGAGGCGGGGCGGCCGGCUGCCCGGGCGGGCGAGCGGGAGGGGGUGUAGGUUCGUGUGCGUGCGUGCGUGUGUGUGUGUGUGUUUGUGUUUUUAGGGUCCACCCCCUCCCCGUGCCCCCUUCAAAUUCCAGUGGGGAUCGGAGCGAUCCUGUUGAAGGGGCAGCUCCAGAGGGGGCGGGCAUCGGGAAGGGCGGAGACGACACUACCCUCCGGAGAAGUGGAGCCCCCCCCGGCCGUGCCGGCGGGCCCCGGCGGGGGGCACCCCGGGGGUCGGACCCCCGCCGCUUUUCCCGACCUCUGUGCCGCCCACCCCUCCGUCUCCCGCCCUAGCGGAGGCGCCCCUUUAAAAGUGCCAAUCGCGGGAAGGGCGGCGCUGCCCUGUUGCCCAUCUCCAAGGGAGGAGGAGGAGGAGGAGGAGGAGGAAGGGUGGGGGAGGAGACUCAAGGUGCCGAGGUAUGUGCCCCCCACCCUCGUGCCCCCCCGUCCUCCCCACCGCCUCACCCGCACCGCCCGUGGGCCCGGACCCCCCGGGACCUCAGCUACCCAAGUGUUUUGUACCGGGUUUGGGGAGGGGCGUUUUUUUAAGGGAGCGGGUUCAAGCUCUGCAGAGUCUAUUUUUCUCAACUGACAGUAUUGGGGAUCACCCUCUCCCCCAAUAAAGCAUCUUGUUAUAAACCCCGG